AUGUUCUCUGCUAUUCUAGUAAACGUCUUCCGUGACGAACGCCCCGGGAUCCACGUCGCCAUCAAGGUGGACUGCCAACUCCUCAACCAGCGACGGAUGCACUUCCAGUCGCGUGCAUUCACAACUUCCGUCCAUGAACUGCUCUUCGCCGACGACUGCGCUCUCAACACUACCUCCGAGGGGGACAGGCAAAGGAGCAUGGACCUCUUCGCCACCGUCUGCGACAACUGCGGCCUGGUUAUCAACACGGAGGAGACGGUGGCUAUGCAUCAACUGCCACUCGACACUACCCACAUCGCACCCCAAAUCAGCGUGAAUGGCGUCCAACUGCAAGUCGUGGACAACUCCACCUACCUGGGUAGCACCAUCUUUUGCAACACCAACAUCGACGAUGGAGUGGCCCGCCAGAUUUCGAAGGCCAGCCAGGCUUUCCUCUGUCUGCAAAACACAGUAUGGAAUCGACAGGGUCUCCAGGUCAGCCAGCACUUCCGCCUCAGCUGUCUCUGA